CCAAGAUUACUCUUCCUCAGCAUACUGACGGAGUUCAAAUUAUCAUAUCCUACACUGUGAUGACUGACAUGACUUUUGAAGUUGAAGAUAUGACAAUCAUUGCUUGCAUUGAAGAAACAACAACGGUUGGAACAACUGCUGCACCAGCAACAACAAACAUCAAGUUCUACUUCAUCCAGCACAUCGACAUUAGCUUCGACAACAGUACCUUCCACAACAUCGUCAAGUUCUACAUUUACAACAGAAUCUGGUGUUAAGGAUCAGACACAAACAACAACAACACCAUUGAUGCCGACGGGUAUGCACACUCCAACACAAGGUACGGCUUCAGCACCAUCAUCAACUGGAGCAACAACACUUUCAGAAACCACACAAACUGCUACUGAAGAAAUUUCAACAGGAAACAACUCUGGUACAACGUCUGUAACCAGUUUCACAUCUGCACAAAGUACAACAUUUGCACCAGGUACAACAUCUACACCAGGAACACCAUCUGGAACAAGUUCAACAUCUGAAAGUGGAACAACACUCAGAACAAGCGAAUCAACAUCUGGAACUCCUGUCGUCACAACCAUGGCACCAUGUACAUAUGUUGUCAAAAUGAGUGAUGCAAAUGUGGUUGACUUGACACAAAGUGAAAUAAUGAAUGAAAAUGGGGAAUUUACACAGAGACCAGAUCUAGUUGCCUUGACAGAUGAUAAUCCAAAUACGAAACUUGUGGGACAGUUUAGUCCAUCGACAGAUCCACAAACUUUAAUGAUGUCUACAAUGCUGAAAACUAACAACCAAGAUGUUGAAAUAAGCAGUGUGGAACUAACAGGACUGAAAAAUGUUGAAAGCGUAACUGUCACAAUCAAGAAUAAAGAAGGCAAGGAUGUGAAAUCGAAAUCAGAAGAAGUUACCGGAGAGUCUGCCAAGGUCACUCUUCCUCAGGAUACUGAAGGCCUUCAAAUUAUCAUAUCCUACAGUGUGAUGACUGACACAACUUUUGAAAUUGAAGACAUGACAAUAAUUGCCUGUAUAGAAGAAACAACAACGGUUGGAAUAACUGCUGUACCAGCAACAACAAACAAAGGUACAACAUCUGCAGCGGGCACAACAUCUACACCAGGUACAUCUACAUCAGGUACAACACCUGGAACAGCAUCAACCGGAGUAACAACAACAUCAACAAGUUCAUCAACAGCAUCGGUUACAACCUCUCAAACAACCACAGAAUUGUCCACAGGAAACAACUAUGGUACCACAGAACCAUCGAUUGUAACUUCAACUUCACAGCCAUCGACUGCAACUCCAGGCUCUACAUUUACAACAGUCUCUGGACCAACACCUACAGAAUCAACAAGUGUCACUAUAACUGUUCCUGCCUAUACGAACCAGACUACAGAAUCUACUGUUCAAACGACAACAGUUGUUAGUGUGACUUUCAUCUCUACAUUAGGAUCCACUUUGUCCACAAUAGCAGGACCGACGACAUCGGUUAUGCUGACAACAACCGAAUCAUCAGUUUGUGGAACAUGCAGAUAUGACGGCGAAAUAUGUAAUGAAAAUAAAAUUAGGCCAACGUUAACAUGUGAAAAUGUCGAUGACAUCGACAAUUCAGCAGCUAUUAUGUGGGAUUCGAGUGAGGCGCAGUGUGACUGUCCCGAAAAUUAUGUCCUCUACAACGAUGAAUGCAUUCCUCGCACGAGCUGCCCUUGUUAUAUACAAUCUCUGGAUAAGGUUCUGCAGUUGGGAGAACAGACAACUGAAAAGACAAAUGACACAUGUACAAAGUACACAUGCUUGUUCGAACUCCAAGAAGAGAAUGUCAGCUGUGACACGGAAGAAACAUGCGAGGAAAGGGGUAUGAUCUUGGCUGAGCCAAAUGAGUGUAAUUACAUGUGUGGAGAUAAUACAAUGGAAGAAUGCGAAUCUAAAACCACAGAGAAACAAUGCGUAUGCGCAGGCGAUAUGGUAUUUGACAAAGAAAGUGGGCGUUGUGUACGACCAGACCAAUGCAGCUGUGACUAUUACAUGGAUGAAACAAAUACUAACGAUUGUUAUGAGUAUGCCUGUAGGAACAACACCGUCACUCGAGAAAAGGCUUGCAAAAGCUGCGAAGCGGGCAUGAGGCAAAUAAUGGUAGAUGGUUGCUGUAAAUGUGAAAAAGACUGUGGUGAUGGAUGCCUUGUCAAAACUGCUACUUCUGAGAUGUGUAUAAACAAAGGGGCAACUGUAAAACAAUCGCCUUGCCAACACGCAAAAUGCGAAGCUGGUGGAAUAAUUACAAUAAUCAAGACAGAGGUUGAUUGUCAGUUGGGCUACAUUCGGGAACUUGGAGAAGACGGUUGUUACAUCUGUACACCUGAAACAUACACUACACUACCUAUGACUACAUCUACCCAACCAACAACAGUGACUGAAACUACUACAGAAUCAGAAACAACAACUGAGGUACCAUCGUCUUCACCAACACUUACUCCAACAACAGAAGUAACAAACAACCUUACUACUGAAGUUCCCCCUACGACUCCCAGACCUGAUGAAUGCGCUGCAACUAAGCUACCACCAAGGAAUGUCAGUGCAACGAUCGAGUCAGCUUUCUGUGUCUCGGGUGAACCAAUUGAACUGAUGCAAUGUAGUGGAACAUGCAUGAGUACAACAACAAUUAUGGAUGACGGAAGUUACGAAAAGGGAUGCACAUGUUGUCAACCAGGCACGGCUAGCUACAAGAAAAUAACCAUGAACUGCGAUGACGGCACCACAAAAGAACAUCAAAUCUUCACAAUUGACUCGUGUGGCUGUAAAGAAUGCAGCUUUGACGUUAGAAGAUAAAAUCGAACAUCAAACAUUUUUCAAGUAGAUGUGAAUCAGUGAAUGGAACUAGAGAGAAUAUCGACAUGUAACCCACCCAUGGACUGAGCGUUCUGUCAAUCACAUGUAGACAUCAUCGCAUAAUAUACAUUUGCUGUGAACAAUGAUAAAUUUUGGCUUACCAUCAAUGAUAAAGUCUAGACUUUUGAAAGGCACUUUAUUAUUAACAUAGUUAUUCACAUCAUUUGAAAGUCAAAGUAAAUACAUUUAGAAAAUCCAGUGUAACAAACUAUCUGCAAUGGUUAAAUGAAACCUGUAUAGCUCAUUUAUGUACUAAAAUAUCUUACAUCUUAUUUAAAUCUUAAAAUGUGUGUUCUUAUAAUAUUUAUUGAUUGACAGAAAUAAAACUGCAUUCGAAAAAA